AUGAGGGCCUGCGUGCCCUUUGCAGAGUGGCCGCGUGCCUGGGCAGAUCGUGUCUCCGGAUGGUCCUCCUCCUUCCAAUGGCGGCGUGAAGCGGUUGCUGGACGCUCCUCGGCUCGAGUCCAGUGGGUCAAAGCAGAGGCACUGAGCAGCAACUACUGUGGGUCACUGCAGAUAGAUGCUCCAGAGCCAGAGCCCUUUGAGAACAAGUCCCAUGGGACCUUCAUCAGCGCAUAUAGUGAGCCAGAGGCCAAACGACCUCGCCCAUCCGCCGCCGCACCAAGAACCACGAGUGAAUCAACGAAGAUCUUAGUGCCUGCAAAUGUGGCAGGGGCCAUUAUUGGCAAGCAGGGUUCGACCCUGAAGCAAAUUCGGGAAAGUUCCGGAGCGUCCAUUGAUGUGGUGAAAGAGACCCAGACGCCUGAAUUUCCUGGCGAGCGUGUGGUGAAUGUCAGGGGUAGCUUAGAUGUUCGACGGAAUGCGUUGCCUCAGGUGCUUACAGCCGCCUUUGAGAAAGAUCCAGCUAAUGCCUUGAUCAAGAUGAUGGUGCCCAGCAACCUUGUGGGUGGCAUCAUUGGCCGGCAGGGGGCCAAUCUAAAGGCUAUUCGAGAGCAAUGUGGCAUCCAUGUGCAGGUGGGUCAAAAAGACCAGCAAACUGUCCACGGCGAGCGGAUGGUGUUUGCCACUGGUGGCUUGGAGCAGGUGCUCAGUGCUGCGGCGCUGGUCUUGGACUCCGCUGAGGUGGCGUGCGUGAGUGACUGGUGCGGGUUUGGCCUCCAACCUGUGGUGGUGACAUGGAGAAAACAUGAGAAAGCUCGUGCUGUACGGCGUACAUUGGGGCUAAAGCAGGCAUGCUAA